AUGAACGGCGAUGUUACUACGACAUCAUCUCAUUCGUCAAGUGUCCCCUCAACUCCACGGUCUCGACUUGACACUCUUUCGCGUGAUGAGCUGAUCUAUUUUGUGAAGAAACAAGUUGAGAACGUCAAGUUAACGAAAGCAGAAAAUGCAAGGCUUACUGAACAGAUUGAUGCAGUAACCAAUGCUCUUAAAGAAAACGAAGCAUUAAGGUCAACUAUAGCGACUUUAGAGGAACAAGCAGCCAAUUUAAGUAGUAAACCUGAACAAUCCCAGCAUGAAGAGAUUAGCGAAGUCACGUCCUUUCAGUCGGUUGAAGACGAUAAGGUUUCGAAAGAAAUUUUUGACGAAAAAGUCCGGCGGCUUGUCGAGAUUGAGAAGCAAAAUGAGGAACUUCAAUGUACAGUUGCAGAACUACGUUCCUUGCUCGACGAUACUAACCAAGAGUUAUCCGCUAUUAAAGAAAAGAGAAACGUUGAAAACGUCUUUUCAUUGGAAAUGGCUGAUUAUGAAAAGUCCGUAGAGAAGUUGCAAAAGGAUUUGAAGAUAUCAAAAGAAAACUACACUACAUUGAAUGACGAACUCAGUAAAGUUAGGCUGGAACUUGAUGCUGUUCGUGAGGAGAAAAAGCGUCAAAGUACUAAUUUGGGCAAGAUGAAAACAGCAAUAGUCAAACUCAAGGAUGUCUUUAAAUUAUCUUUAUUUUUUUACUUGGUAAUUUAUUUUAAUCGCAAAAUAAGGAAAACUUUAGAAAAGCGAAAUGCAAGUGCUGCGGCGGAGAAAGAAGUUCAGAGGCUAACAAAGGAGCUGGAUGAUCUUAAUAUCGAAAGAGAAAAAGAAAAAUUGUCGCUUAGCUCUACAAUUGGCGAGUCGGAGGAAAAGGUACGACAGUUGGAAGAAAAUGUUCAGUCCUUAAAUAGACAAAUUGUCUCUUUACGAGGAACAAAGGAUUCUAUUCAACGACAGUACGAGGAUUUACUACAAGAACAUAAUACGUUCAAAACUCGAGCACUGUAUGUCCUGGAGCAGAACAAGAGCAGCACGUCACAAACAGACGAACAAGUUGAAUCACUUGAAGAAACAAUAAGAUCUCAAAAGAAGACGUUAGAAAAUGUCAUGCAGUCGCAGAGGAUUCUUCAAGAUGAACUUGUUGCUGAACGGGACCAUUCAGUAGCUUUAUCAAAUAAACUUCGAGAAGUUGAGCAACAGAUGAAUUCAGUUCAAGAAAUGCAUAAGAAGAGGCUUAGUGAACAACGGCAACAAUUCGAACUGCGACUUGCAUCUGAGGCCAAAUUAAAUAGUGAUUUAGUCGUCCAAAUUGAUGCGAACCUUGCAUUACAUUCGAAAGAAAAAGAGCGUUUAGUGAGGGAACUCAGUGAAGAAAAGCAAGCUGCAUUUCAGAAGAUUGAGGAUUUAAAACGAAAUUAUGAGGAAGAACGCAAGAAACUGCUUGAAACUAAACAUGUAAAAGUGCAUCCCAACGUUGCUGUUCCUUCUCAAUCAACUCAGCCAGUAAAUGACAUUAGUAGUUCCUAUUACCAAAGGCCGCAGUCGGUAACGAAGAGUUUUGGUAUUGGUGGUGAAGAAGAUGCUGGCGAUAAGACGUUAGAGGAAGUAUUAUACGGUGAUGAUGUUUCUGAAUCUAGCUUUCCAGAACAAUGGGGACAGCUUGAAGAAAUAAUAAACUGGGAAGAAACGGCGAGGAAGGCUCAAAAACAGUUAUAUAAUAUUCGAGAGCUAUUAUGUGAAAGUGAAGCUACAAAUGCGCGCUUAAUGGAGCAAACAAAAUUAUUAAAAGAGGAAAUCAGGAGAAUGGAGCGAAACGGUGAACGAAUUGACCAUGUAGCAAAUACUGAGUACCUUAAGAAUAUUAUAAUGAAGUUCAUUGCUCCUGAGAAGGUUGACUCUGAAAGAGAACAACUUAUUCCUGUGCUUGCGACUAUGCUUCGGCUGAGUUCCGAUGAGCUGCAGUUGCUUAAUUCUGUUGUACAAGCUGAACCUGUGGCUAACAAUGCUAAAUCGUCUGGCUGGGGAAGUUAUUUACAUCGUUGGUCUGGUAUUUCAUAAAG